CUCUCACUGUUCAAGUUGAAAGCUUGAAACUUUUCGUGAACUCCUAUCUACCUCCCAGAAACUGUUGCCAACUGUCAAUUUCUUUCCACCCUUAGAAACGAAAUCCCUUCUUGGACUAUAUAGAUUCUAGAACAAAUAGAAGAACAAAAUUAUAUUCAAACUUUAUGUGCUACCGUUUUAGAAAAGUUGAUGAUCAAGAUUCAGAGUUUUUAAUCACCUGAACAUAUAAAUAUUCCAUCACAUGCAAGCUGGUUACUUGUGAUUUUUCAUUUUAAUGGAAUCGAUGGUGUCUGUCUCUAAUGAUGGUGUUGCUGAAAUUUUUGCAAGUGAUGAUCAGGAAAAAGCUGGUUUGAAUCCAAGAAGUGGGUUUAUUUCAACCGGGGGAGCAGGAUUACUCAACGAUUUGCAGCCUAAAAUCGUUAGUGGAGAUUUUGGUUACAUUCUGGAAGACGUACCCCACUUGUCUUAUUACAUUCCUGAUCUUCCUACUUAUACCAAUCCCUUGCAGUACAAUCCUGCUUAUUCAGUUGUUAAGCAGUAUUUUGUAGAUCACGAUGAUACAGUCGCCCAAAAGAUUGUUGUUCACAAGAAUAGUCCAAGAGGGAUACAUUUUCGACGUGCAGGUCCUCGCCAAAGAGUUUACUUCAAGUCUGAUGAAGUGCGCGCGUGCAUUGUCACAUGUGGAGGCUUAUGCCCUGGACUUAACACAGUUAUCCGGGAAAUUGUAUGCGGCUUGCAUCAUAUGUAUGAUGUGACGAGAGUUCUGGGAAUAGUUGGAGGAUACCGUGGUUUUUACUCCAAAAACACCAUCUCUUUAACGCCAAAGUUCGUGAAUGAUAUCCAUAAACGUGGUGGAACAAUCUUGGGGACAUCCCGAGGUGGUCAUGACACCAAAAAGAUAGUUGACAGCAUUCAGGACCGCGGAAUUAAUCAGGUUUACAUACUAGGAGGAGAUGGGACACAGAAAGGAGCAGCAGUAAUUUUUGAGGAAAUUAGAAGACGCGGUCUCAAGGUUGCAGUUGCCGGAAUCCCCAAAACAAUAGAUAAUGACAUUCCGGUUAUUGACAAAUCCUUCGGUUUUGACACUGCUGUCGAGGAAGCCCAACGUGCUAUUAAUGCAGCACAUGUUGAAGCUACAAGUAUUGAGAACGGUAUUGGUCUGGUGAAGUUAAUGGGACGUUACAGUGGAUUCAUUGCGAUGUAUGCUACUCUUGCCAGCCGAGAUGUCGAUUGCUGCCUUAUUCCAGAGUCACCGUUUUAUCUCGAAGGACCUGGUGGACUCUUCGAAUAUAUAGAGAAACGACUCAAAGAAAAUGGACAUAUGGUUAUUGUCAUAGCAGAAGGUGCAGGGCAGGAGUUACUUUCUGAGAGUUUGAGCUCUAUCGAUCAGCAAGAUGCUUCUGGAAACAAGCUUCUCCAAGAUGUUGGGCUGUGGAUAUCGCAAAGGAUUAAGGAUCAUUUUUCUAAACGGAGUAAAAUGGCGAUUAAUCUCAAAUAUAUAGAUCUCAUGUACAUGAUUCGAGCUGUUCCCAGCAACGCAUCUGACAAUGUGUUCUGUACGCUUCUCGCUCAAAGUGCCGUUCAUGGAGCAAUGGCGGGUUAUACAGGUUUCACUGUAGGACCUGUCAAUGGCAGACACGCUUACAUUCCCUUCCAUAGAAUUAUCGAGAAACAGCACAAGGUCGUGAUAACGGAUAGAAUGUGGGCAAGGCUUUUGGCUUCUACCAAUCAACCCAGUUUCUUGAGCAUAAAAGAUGUUGAAGCCAGCAAAACGGAGAUCAACCUACAUAAUUGUUAGACGAUAGCUAUAUGGAUGGCGCAAGGUGAUAAAUAAAGAGGUCACAUGCCAAGUGACAUUGCAGGGAUUCACUUGAGAUAGUUUUUUCUAAUAGAAAGGCUCUGUAUAUUUUGUACUUUUUGUAACAUUUGAGUCUGCAUAUAGAUUAAGAAAUCGAAAUCUAGGUAACAUAUUUGUUAUCCUACCUAAUAAAAUGAAUUUUAUGAAUAUUAGCUAGUAA